AUGAAGCUAGCAUUCGGGCUGAGAGGAAACACACUCACUGCAGGCCAUGUAGCCACGGUGAUAAUACCUGCAUACAUCUGCUUCGGUUAUCUCAAUGCCAUGUCAAGUGGGAUCGUUGAUCGAGAGUCAUGGGUGACCCAAUUCCCGCAAUUGGAUACGGUAAAUACAACUGGCGCACUCAAUGCACAGAAUUCACGGAUUGAAGGGACCGUCGUGGCACUUUUCAACCUAGGCUGUCUUUUCAGUGCGAUUGGAUGCAUCUUCAUCGGUGAUAUCCUUGGGAGAAAGCGAACGUUCAUGCUCGGUCUCCUGGUCACCAUCAUUGGGUCAAUCUUGCAAAGUACGGCUUUCACGCUGGCCCAUCUCAUUGUUGGGAGACUGGUUACCGGGUUUGGAUUUGGAGCUGUAACAGCUACUGGGCCGAAUUGGCAAAGUGAGACAACUACCCCUAGGCUACGAGGAUUUGUCGUUAUGCUUCAGAGUGGAUUCUUAGCCAUGGGUCUCGCUGUGGCUGGAUGGUUGGAGUAUGGCCUGGCUUAUGCGGAGGGAUCGGUCGUCUGGCGACUUCCACUUGCAUUUCCCGCUGUCCUAUGCCUUAUCUCAAUCGCUUUUGCUCCAUUUUGGCCUGAAUCACCCCGGUGGCUGAUUAAAGUAGGUCGCAUUGACGAGGCACGCGAGGUCAUAGCAAUUCUACUUGACGAAUCCUCCGAGAGCGAAGGCGUUGUACGUCAAAUUGAGGAGGUUGAACAGUCUCUCCAGGAAACCGGAGAGGGCUCAUUCAAGGACAUCUUCCGCAGUGGACCAUCUCGAUUUGGACACAGAGCCCUGAUCGCAGUGUGCACUCAGAUGGCCCAGCAAAUAUGUGGACAAAACGCGCUUACUUUCUAUCAAUCAACGAUCUUCAAAGAGUUCUUGGGGAUGACAGGAAAUAUGCCACUCCUCAUGUCGGCAAUUCUAUAUUCUUGGAAGAUUCUUAUUAGUCCCUUCGGAGCUUUGACGGUAGAAAAGGCCGGCCGUCGGAAGCUUCUUAUUCUCUCAUUUGUGGGAAUGGGAAUUUGCAUGGCCGUGAUGGGAGGGUGUAUCUCCCAAAAAGGCAAUAAAGCCGCAUCAGACACGGCCGUCGCCUUUAUUUUCCUCUACGUAUUCUUCUACGUUACAGGAUGCAUUGGCCUUACAUAUCUCUACUGUUCUGAAAUCGCACCUCUAGCCGUGCGAACACAGAUCACCGGCAUGUCGACUGCAUCCUCGUGGACAUUUAACUUCCUUGUAGUGGAAGUAACGCCAGAUGGAUUCAGUUCAUUGGGUUGGAAAUACUUCAUAAUUUAUGCAGCCAUAAAUCUUGUACUUCUGGUACCAAUGGUUUAUUUCUUCUUUCCCGAGACCAAAGGUCUUCAUCUGGAGGCUAUUGAUAAUAUCUUUUUGGAAAGUAAAAAUAUUUGGCACCCGGUCAAAGCAGCUCGUGAGCUUCGGAGAGACCAGUCACCCUUUGGACAAGCUGGGACG